GAUGGCAGGUGGCGCCAGAGGUCCGCGCGUGCGGCUUUCGGAAGUUUCGGAAGUUCCGUUCACACACCUCGCGUUCCGUUCAAUGGUCACUCGGUUGACUCGUCGGUGUCCGUCUAUGGUAUUCAUGGCCCGUACGAGGCACGACCGCGCGGUGUUUACUCGGAAAGUGUCGGCAAUCAGUAACGGUGACCGGUAACCGUCGGGAAGUCAACGGCCAACCACCCCCGAUCGAUCCCGCGCGUUCUGGCUUCUGGCCGCGCGGCGUCUCGGCACGGAGACUCCACGCUGCGCGAUCUCGGCCUCGCCUAGCGACGCCCUGUUGCCGGUACUUGUACGAGGCUCGAAAAUGGCAGACACGAGCCAACAAGCAUUGAGCGAGCUACACACGAACGGAGUGGUGGAUGACGGUUUGACGGAAGAUGAUAGAACCAAGAUCAGACCCGCGGAUAUCGAUGCGGAUAUGAGAGAAAUGGAGAGGAGAAAGAGGGUCGAGAUGAUGAUGAACUCGCGAAUCUUCCGGGAAGAGCUGGAACGUAUAAUUGAGACACAGAUGAGGGACGGUGCUGGACCCUCUGGUCUCCUGCAACAGAUCUCUGAUAUGAUGGGUGCACAGGGAGCCCGAUUCAACGGCAAUGUGUUCAAAAAUUCAAAUUGCGUCUUGCCUAUCAACGACAUACGCGGCGUGGAAAGCAUGGGAUACGCCAAGGGCGAGAAAUUGCUACGGUGCAAGAUGGCGGCGGUCUUCAGAUUGCUCGAUCUCUACGGAUGGACGCAGGGCGUCGGCGGGCAAAUCACCGCCCGUCUCAAUCAGGAUCAGGAACACUUUCUGGUGAAUCCUUACGGGCUACUCUAUCACGAGGUCACCGCCUCGAGUUUGAUCAAGGUGGACAUGCAAGGCACAAUUAUCGAGCAGGGGACGACGAACUUUGGCGUGCACGUCGCUGGUUUCCAAUUGCAUUCGACAAUACACGCUGCGAGACCCGAUAUCAAGUGUAUUAUUCAUAUUACUACUCCGUCCGUUACCGCUGUUUCCUCCUUGAAAUGUGGAUUGUUACCAAUCGAUCAGGAGAGCAUAGUGAUAGGCGAAGUGAGCACUCAUCAGUACAUAGGAGGUUCCGUCGACCCGGAGGAACGGGAGAAGAUCGCUAGAAAUCUCGGGCCGAUCAAUAAGGUUAUGCUCCUGACGAAUCGCGGUGCCCUUUGCUGUGGAGAAACAGUGGAAGAGGCGUUCUUUAACGUUUACAAUACCGUAGUCGCCUGCGAGACGCAGCUGAAGCUAAUGCCCGCGGGCGUAGACAAUCUAAGCCUUAUCAGCGAGGAAUCGAAGAAAGCUAUAUUCGAAGCGUCGCGAAAACCACCAACCCCUCAGCAACAGAGUUCAGCAGUAGAGUCGUCCGCUCUCGCGGAGAAACUCGAGAAACGCUGGAGAAUCGGCAGCGCCGAAUUCGAAGCCCUUAUGAGAAUGCUCGAUAAUGCUGGAUUCCGUACGGGCUACAUAUAUAGAAAUCCACUUGUAAAGGGAGAACCCCCGAAACCGCGAAACGAUGUUGAAGUUCCACCGGCCGUAUCAUCCUUAGGAUAUCUACUCGAAGAGGAAGAAUUGUAUAAGCAAGGGCUGUGGAAGGGCGGACGCAAAGGUACAGACAGAUCCCGUUGGUUAAAUUCGCCAAAUGUUUACCAGAAGGUUGAGAUCCUGGAAACUGGAACACCCGAUCCUAAAAAGAUCACCAAGUGGGUGUCUGACGGAUCUCCUACCCAUAGCAGCACACCAGUCAAGAUAGACGGUGCUCUUCAGUUUGUUCCGAAAAAUACCAACCCAAAGGAGUUCAAACAAUUACAACAGCAGAUUAAAGAUUAUCGACGAGCAGAAAAAAUAUCGGCUGGCCCGCAAUCUCAUAUACUGGAAGGUGUAUCAUGGGAGGAAGCUAAGAAAAUGCAGGACGCGACAAUUAGUGGUACCGGAGAACAAGUAGUUUUAGUAGGAGCCGCUAGCAAGGGUAUUAUACAGCGUGGUUUCCAACACAAUGCGAUGGUGUACAAGACACCUUAUGCCAAAAAUCCUUUCGACGCCGUCACGGAUCAAGAAUUGGACCAGUACAAGAGAGAAGUCGAACGCAAACAGAAGGGAGAUCCUUACGAUGAGUCACAGUCAGAAUCCGAGGCCUUGUCGUCCUUUAACAUCAGUCGUGCGACGCAUGAAUCCAGCACUGCCAAGAGUCCUAUUCAGUCACCGGUUUCUGUUACUUCGGAAACGGAGGAGGAGAGUAGAGACGAACCCCGAGUAUUGCGAAUAGAAACGAAACAAGUGCCUGCGCCGAGUCAACCCGAAGUCGUGUUAAGCGAUGUGAAUGAUGCUACUGCAGAGUACCUUAAUGAGAUGCGCUACAGAAUGACUGAACGACCAAGCGGUUACAAAGGAGAUUGCGAACUAGCCAGCAAUUGCAGCAGCAUGAGCAGCGAGCGUGCGCGAAUGUACCGGCAGUUCUCCGAUAUCCGACGUCCUUAUGAUAGCCUUCGAUUGGAGAACGUUAGAACCUCGAUGACCGCCGAACGAAAGAAACCUCUUCUAGUUACAAGAACGCUGGUUAACGGGCGAAGCCAGAUUGAGCUGAACGCGAUCUCUCGGGACGAGGCUUUCGUAAAAUCGCGCUACGAGGCGAGGCAGAAAUUUUUCGGAGAUCUCGAACGUCGAAAGAAUUUAGCCGCGGACUCAAUUGCAUCGUCAAGAACGGAGGUGACGAAUGCGAAUAAUAAAAAGAAUCGGUCAACGUUUGAACAAAAUUCCACGGUGAGCUCGAAUAUGAAACCGCUUGUAAACCAUCUUGUAAAAUUGUUCGAUCCAUCUCUAAACACGAGUACUAAAGAAUGCGUCGAGAACGGUGAAACACGGUCGAGCAAUGAAGUCGCGGUGCAUUCUGUGGAAUGGGCGAAUAUCGCGCAGCCGAGUUUUGUUAAACGUGUUAACGUGGAGAAGACGCCGAGUUUGCGUAAUAUUGUGCCCCAUAUAAACGGUGACAGUCAGACAGAGGAGGAAAUAGGACACCGUGAAAGGGCUGAAUGUUUAACGAUUGAAACGGUUGCUUCUGUAAAAACGGAGUCUUCAACUCGUGGAGAUAAAUCGGACUCGAUGGCCGGCACGAAUAACGAACAAUCGCAAACAUUGACAACAUCAACGGCGACGAAUACGGAAGUGACACUUGCGCGCAGCUGCGCUGAAACAUUUCAACAUGAUAACAGCGAUAACGAGGAAGACGCGCGGCCACUGAACGAUUUAUCUUCCAACAACUGUGACGAGCGGUCGAUCGAUCGUUAUGAAUGCGACGAAGAUAAAGAGGCACCGGCAGAUAAGGAAAUAAACGGCGAACUGAAAUCGACGAUGGAACUGAGGAAACAAAACGUUCGAUCUUGGAUCGAGAGCUCCAUGUGCGAGGGCAGCUGGUCGAACAACUCAGAGACCGAUCCAUACGAGUCAUAUUGCAACGAUAUCACAAAGAUCGUUGAGAGCAUCGACGUGAAUAUCGCCUCGUCGAGGACGGAACUGGACGCGUUGCCCGACACGGACACCUGUGUCAAGUACAAUCUCGACUCGACGAAUAUGAGCCUCAUUUACAGCUUGACCCCGCCGGCGGCCGUUGACCAGGACGAGAGCGGCAACGACGAUACUUCGCACGAUUUGGCGGAACGCUCGUCGGAAUGGCAGUCCGAUUCAGCGAGAAGCGACAAUGACGAGCCGUUGAGCGAUUACAUAUGGAUAGAGCCGACGACGAAGGUGGAAGGCAUCAAGUCUACGCAAGAUCGCAGGUCGUCGAGCGACAGUAACAGCUACGCGGAAUUGGAACAGCCCACGUCCGAGAGGCACUCGACAGGCGGUUCCGACAUACUCGAGUUACCGAGCUGCACGAUCCGCGAGCUGAAGGACAUCGACGGCGAGAUCUUUCACAACGGGAUCAAUGAGUCCGCCAACGAGAUCAUCGCCGAUCUCAACGCGUCCGACGAAGCGUCGCCGGACGACGCUGUGGAAGUCGUACAGCAGAUCAUCGACGAGAUUAUCGAGUCCAUUUACGUUUUGCUGCAUUUUGAUUCCUCUAUUUACGACCUUAGCAUCAUGAGGGAAAUUGUGCGCAACUUGAUCGACGGCUACCGUCACGAGUGCUCGCUCGUGGAGACUGCCGAUCGAGCGUGCAUGCCGGAUGUCUUCACGACGAUCGGCAAUGACGUUGACAGUAUUUGUCGCCUCAAAGGUUUCCUGGGGAAUCUGUCAUCGGACAAUAAUCGAGAUUAUGAAAUGGAGGUAGAUGAUACGGAGAAUCGCGAAUCCCCCGCCGUGUUCGAGUUUUGCACCGUAGCGAAAACGUUGCCGAUCGUCGCCGUCGACAAUGGCGCUUUGGAAUUAAACUUCCGCGUUGUCAAAGUCUCGACGGACGAAUAUGCGAAGAUGUCGCCGGGUGCCCAUCUUCGCAUAUUCGGCGAAAACUUGAUCGCCAAUGAUCGCGGUAUCGGUAAAAGGGACGACAAAAGCGCAACCGUGGUAAAAUCAGAUAUGGAAACGUGGCCGUGCGAUCGAUGCUCCUACUGCCGCGAAGAGGCGGAAUCGAGGGAGCCAUUGACUUGUUUGACGCCUAUAAGUGAGGAGGCGGACGAUGCUUCGCGCGAGGCCGUCGACUCUGUCACGACCGCUUUAAAAAAUCCUGACAAUGAGCCGUUGUGUCACUUAGAUGCCGGUGAUGUUAAUGAAGAAAGUACUGUAAAUCCCACGAGGAAGUCUGUCUCCCUCGAUGACACCUACACGAUCUCCGACGUCAGCUCUGUCGUUAUCUCGGACAACGAUGACAUGAACGAUCUUGAGGAACGAUGCGACGUUUGGGACUCCUCCCUAGAUUGCAUGUCGUAUUCGUACGAGACCAAAGAGUUCAUUCGCCUGGAGAAAGCGCUCGCGGACAGUUCGCGAUUGAACGUGUAACGCUUUACUCGUCUUUCAGAAAGACGACAUCUUGUUCUAUCUUAAUUUCGACAAUUGUUUAAUUGAAUCAUCAAAGAGUACAGUUUUCCUCGAUGAAAAGGAAAAAAAGACGUUUCGACGAUUGACUCGUCGAAAUACGUGCAUCCGCAACGCGUUGCGAUAGCGUUUAAACUUGCGUGUCGGUUGCUUUAAAAUUUCUUUCUCUUAAUAUUCAGAAUGUCUGUAAAAAGCGUCAUACGGUAUCAAAUAGUUUGCACGCUCGACCUAGCAUGUCAUUUUUUGUGCACGUUUAACGCGUCGAUUUUAUACACAUCUUAAGAAAGAUAACAAAGAAAGACUAGUCCCUUCGUAUAAGUACGCGCGCGCAAACGUUAGAUGUGUAAGAGAUUCGCGUUAUUUUAGUAUCUGUUAAGUUUUGAUGAUUCUAUUUUUUCUCACAGCUUUUAUAAUUUUAUCGUUCCUUUAUGUACAAACAAGGCGCAUCUCCUGCGCGAUCGACUUUAAGCACAUGGAUCAAAAAAGAAAAUUUGACAAUUACACGCCAAUUAGCAUUGACAUUCAUAAAAGUACUGAUGUCAUUUUGUUUUUCUAGUAUUCUCAAUUUUGAUUUUCUGUUUUUUCUUUUUGUUUUUCAUUUUUGUUAAGUGCAUGACUUAACAUACUUAACGUAACUUGAAAUUAAAGACGAAGGAUUUUGUUGUUUAGUGCAAUGUAUUAAUUUUAAUGUUCUACUUUAUUUUCUUGGUAUGUGAUAAUAAGUUCAAUCGAUUGUUACAUUACGAUAUGCACUUACGCUACCUCCUUAACAAUAUUGUAACUAAAUCAACUUACAUUGCGAAUGCUUACAUAACUCACUUUUAUAUGAAUACAUUUUCUAAUAUCUACCGCAAUAGCGAGGUGUUUGAUGGAUAUAAAAGUUUGCACAUAAAACUUCUUAUCAUUUUUCUGCACCCGUCUCUCUAUUUGAACCUGCGUCAAUCCUCACCGUUUAUCCCGUUACCUUUUCAAUGGUGUACGUGCACGUCCUGCAAGCUGCGAAUGAUCGAUGCUAAUACGUGUUUGCUUGGGAAUGAUUGAUUUUAUAUAACGAAUCUCCAUGAACGAGUAUACUCUGACGAGUACCAACCAACGUCGUUUAUUCGAGAGGUAAGAUGUCUGUCUCUUUCUCUCGCUUCUUUUCAUUUUUCAGUUUAAAGUACGAUAAUACAUAAUUAACAGCUCGGUAGGAUUAAUUUUAAUCCUUUGGCUUACAGAUUGUGCUUUGCAAUAAUAUCGGCUGUCUUAUUAUCUUACGGAUUAUCUUAUUAUUACGUGAUCUGAGGAUUCACGUCCCGAAUAAUCAAUUAUUUG